GCCUGGACACGCGGAGAGAUUUCCAAAGCGGAAAAGUCGAAGGAGAGAGAGCGAGAGAGAGAGAGAGAGAGAAAGAGAGAGGCGCUAUGAUGCGCUGCGCCGCCGCCGUUGCCGUCGCGCUCCUCCUUGGCGUUGCAGGCGCCGCCGCCCCGGGGCUCCCAGGCGCGGGGCAGGGGGGAGCAUGCGCGAGGAGGGGCGCGCCGCCGUUCCUCGACGCCAUCGGGUUGCGAUGCACCCGGAUCGAGCCGUCCCCGCCUCUCGUGGUGAGAGGAGAGGCUCUUGAUACAGAGUUGAACCUUCGCCGUAGAGGUGUUUCGUACUCCAUUCUCUUCUAUGCUGCAUGGUGUCCUUUCUCAAGCAAAUUUCGACCAAUAUUUGAAGCUCUCAGCACUAUGUUCCCUCAGAUACAUCACUUUGCUGUUGAAGAAUCUUCUGCUACACCUAGUUUGUUUUCAAGAUAUGGUGUACGUGGCUUUCCAGCCAUCCUUCUCGUAAACGAGACUACAAUGGUUCGAUAUCGGGGUUCAAAAGAUCUCAGCUCUCUGGUAGAUUUCUAUAAAGAAACUACAGGUCUUGAUCCAUUUGCACAACUUGAUGUUGAUCAGCAACAGAGUAGAGGAAGCUUGAGAUCAGGCAUGCCAUGGCAUCGAUCUCUGCGUGAAAUGGCAAAAGACGAAUCAUUUCUGUUGCUUGCAGUUCUUUUUAUCAUCCUGAAGGUUGUGGCGCACUUCAUCCCUAUCGUCCUCUCUCAUCUGAGAGCUUUCUUAGUUGUGCGUGUUCAGAACUUGAACUUAGGGAUCCGCAGGGGAUCAAACCAGCUCUUGGAACGAGCAUCAGUUGUGCUUGAUGUGAAGAGGCUUUGGAGCAAGCUUAGACUGAGCAAUAAGACAACGGGCCUGAGGAAAGGGGCAAGUAACGCUCGAGCUUGGGCUUCCUCAUUUCCUUCUGUUUCACUGGGUGAAACGUCCUCUUCAAGGCAAGCUUAGCCUUUUUGGAGAUAUUGUUUGUUAGUGUAGCUGCUCAUAUGAUCCGAAACAAUUUAAUCUUUGUUUCCCAUCCUGCUAUGUAUCAUGGUUGUCUGUACUGUGCAGUCAAGCAUGUGGGAAACCUCACAGGCAUGUAAAUUUUGAGGAUCUCAUGCUGUUGUACAUUAGGAAUACCUCUGCAUUUGCUGAUGUAGUGUACAGCAAAUCUUUGCCUAAUCUUUAUGUCAAUUAACUACAGUAAAUUUGCAAUGUAUGAACAUCUGUGUAGCUUUUUUCUGGUACUAUAUUUGUAAUUUACAUUGGUAAUCCUUGAAGACGCGGGUGCUGAAUCCUGCUCUACUUUGUGAACUCAGUUCCAUCUUAAAUUGUAAUGUACAAUAUGCUAUUUGGAAGAAACAAGACUUACGUGAAAUCUGAAAA